AGAAUAAGCCAAACCGGGCGCAGAAGUAGGCGUCCAAGUGGCGAGAGAGGAGAAGCAUCAGCAGCAGCAGCCUCUUGCAAGCCAGGCGCUGAGAGAUUCAUCCCCAGUGGCAGAGGGAAGGAGAGAUCCCAGAGGAAGAUCUCAGGCGACGGAUCUCCACGGUCCGGCACCAGUCGAGCAACAGUCGAGAGAAGCAGCAGCAGCCGUUUCUUGCCAGCUUUAGCGGAGGUAUCCAGACCGACGGGGCGGGAUGGCUUCGGCGGCGCUGGAGCUGCUGGGCUUGGCGCUGUCCAUCCUGGGCUGGGCCGGCUCGAUCCUGGCGUCGGGCUUGCCCAUGUGGCAGGUGUCCGCCUUCGUGGAGGCCAACAUCGUGACGGCGCAGAUCACCUGGGAAGGGCUGUGGAUGGCGUGCGUGGCGCUCAGCACCGGCCACACGCAGUGCAAGGUCUACGACUCCAUCCUGUCGCUGCCGGCCGAGCUGCAAGCCGGGCGCACGCUGAUGGUGCUGGCCGCCCUGCUGGGCUUGGUGGCGCUGCUGGUGACGGUGGUGGGCGCGCAGUGCACCACGUGCGUGCGCGCAGGCAAGCUCAAGGUGUGGAUCGCGGCCGUCGGGGGAGGCCUGUUCGCCUUGUGCGGCCUGCUGGUCCUCAUCCCGCCCAGCUGGUUCGCGCGCAUCAUCAUCGGCAACUUCUACGACCCGGCGUCGCGCUCCAAGCGGGAGAUGGGCGCUGCGCUCUACGUCGCGUGGGCAUCCUCCGCGCUCCUGCUGCUGGGCGGCGCGCUCAUCUGCUGCCCCUGCGCCCGCAAGGACGACUCCGCCGCCGCCGCCUUCCCCGUCAAGUACGCGGCCCCCCGGCGGCCCACCUCCACGGCCAACGCCAACGGCGAGUACGACAAGAAGAACUACGUCUGAAGCCCCCUCCCGAGAGGCUGCGGGCGUCGGGGGCGCAGAUCCGGUUGGAGAGCCUGGCCGUGGCACCGGCCGGACUUCCGACGGCUUGACUUAAGAUCAGCUCUCCCCCACCCCCUUGUAACUGUUUGCGUGCCUUUUAAAGUCCCCCCCAGGAUCCGAACACUUCUGCACUGGAUUGCUCCCCCCUCCCCAGAUGUCUUUUAUUCGACGUAAACGGAGAGCUUGCAUUCUGCAUCCAAAGCAUCUUUGCAGGGAUACGGAUGGCAACAUGCAGGUAUCCUCCACAAGAACUGGCCACAUCGUUUUGCUUGUUCUGUCGGACGCCUGCUGCUUGGGGUGGGUGGUUUGGUCCAAAAACUCUGUGGGAUGUAAAAAUUUAGUUAUCAUGUUAGAGGUGUACCGUUGGCUGAAAGGUGGCACUUCGGUUGGUCGCCAGAAUCGUUCUGCUUUUCAAUCGGACACCUGUUUGGGAUGGGUGGUUUGGGUCGUCUUUUGUGCCUAAGGGUCCAGAAACUGUGGGAUGUAAAAGUUUAGUUAUGUGAAAGGUGUGCCAUUGGCUGAAAGGCUUUGGUUGGUUGGGAAAGCAUUAAGUCUUGUGACAUCUCCAGCGAGGUUCUCCAACUGUUUGGAGGGCUGUUAGAGGGUUAACCAUGGUUCGGUGGCUUCAACUGGAAUCUCAGCUAAAUCAGUGGGAUUAGUGCACAGUUACUCUGGAGUAAGCAGGCCGUGAAGAAUACCUGUCUCUGUGUAAACUGCCUGUGGAAUGAGAAAUUUGUGAUAUACGUUUGCCUUAAAAGUUGAAUGCAUUUUUUAAAAAAACAGAAAAAAUAUGAUGUAAUUCUUAAAUAGUAAGUUAUGGGACAAGAGAUUAAUUUCAGACCUGGAUUUGUGAAGGAUUUACAGGAAAGUUUCACAAGCUCCCCCCACCCGCAAAAUAAAAUGUAUCACAUUUCUAAAACCGGCAGAGUCAAAGUUCUGAAUCCAAAGCAAGAAAUCUAGACGUGGCUUUAACUUGCAUCUUUGCUCUUCCACAAACGUUAUUGGUUUCCAGUGAGAUUUGCGCGGGAGAUGCCAUUGGUACUGGUCAUUUUAUGCAACAAAAUCAUAAUGAAACCCUCUAAAGUUGUGAGCAGUGUUUUCAAAUCAAAGAUUUUAUAUAUUUUAUAUGCUUGUAUAUUUAUAUAUAUAUAUAUAUAAUGAUUGCAUGUCCUUGUUUUUUUCAUUCUUUGUUAAAAUAAUGCCAUUUGAGUAAAGAAAACUAUUUGCUCAGGUAGCAAAAAGUUUAUCAAAGUGUC